AGCUGCCAGAUGCUGUUAAAUCAGCUGCGAGAAAUCACAGGCAUCCAGGAUCCUUCCUUCCUUCAUGAAGCGUUAAAGGCCAGUAAUGGUGACAUCACACAGGCUGUCAGCCUUCUCACAGACCAAAGAGUAAAGGAGCCUGGUCACGACACAGCGGCUACAGAACCAUCUGAAGUAGAAGGGAGUGCCACCAGCAAAGAUCUCUUAGCAAAAGUGAUAGACCUCACUCACGACAACAAAGAUGACCUUCAGGCAGCCAUUGCCUUGAGUCUCCUGGAGUCUCCUAACAUUCAGACUGACAACAGAGAUCUUAAUAGAACGCAUGAGGCUAACACUGCAGAAACUAAGCGCUCAAAGAGAAAACGCUGUGAAGUUUGGGGAGAAAACCACAAUCCCAAUAACUGGAGGAGAGUGGAUGGUUGGCCGGUUGGGCUGAAAAAUGUUGGCAACACAUGUUGGUUCAGUGCUGUUAUUCAGUCUCUCUUUCAGUUGCCUGAAUUUCGAAGACUUGUUCUCAGUUAUAGCCUGCCACAGAACAUCCUUGAAAAUUGUCGAAGUCACACUGAAAAAAGAAAUAUCAUGUUUAUGCAAGAGCUUCAGUAUUUAUUUGCUUUGUUGUUGGGAUCAAAUCGAAAAUUUGUAGAUCCUUCUGCAGCUCUGGAUCUACUGAAAGGGGCCUUCAGAUCAUCCGAGGAGCAACAGCAAGAUGUGAGUGAAUUCACGCACAAGCUCCUGGAUUGGCUGGAGGAUGCGUUCCAGCUAGCUGUUAAUGUUAACAGUCUCAGGAAUAAAUCUGAAAAUCCCAUGGUGCAGCUAUUCUACGGUACUUUCCUGACUGAAGGGGUCCGAGAAGGAAAGCCCUUUUGUAACAACGAGACCUUCGGCCAGUACCCUCUUCAGGUAAACGGUUACCACAACUUAGACGAGUGUUUGGAAGGGGCCAUGGUGGAAGGUGACAUCGCACUGCUUCCUUCUGAUCGUUCAGUGAAGUAUGGACAAGAGCGUUGGUUUACAAAGCUGCCUCCAGUGUUGACCUUUGAACUCUCCAGAUUUGAGUUUAAUCAGUCUCUUGGGCAGCCUGAGAAAAUUCAUAAUAAGCUGGAAUUUCCUCAGAUUAUCUAUAUGGAUAGGUACAUGUACAAGAGCAAAGAGCUUAUCCGAAGUAAGAGAGAGAGUAUUCGGAAGUUGAAGGAGGAAAUACAAGUUCUGCAGCAAAAAUUAGAAAGGUAUGUGAAGUACGGCUCGGGCCCAUCUCGGUUCCCACUCCCCGACAUGUUGAAAUACGUUAUUGAAUUUGCCAGUACAAAACCCGCCUCUGAAAGCUGUCUGUCUGCAAGUGCUGAGCAUGGGACAUUACCACUUCCCUCAGUGCACUGCCCGGUUUCUGACCUCACAGCCAAGGACAGUUCAAGUCCUGAAAGCUACUCUCGGGAUACUGAAAGUACCUUCUCCUCUUUGGAUGAUGCUCUUCCCAACUCUGAGGUAAUGAAUGGGCCAUUUACCUCUCCUCACUCUUCCUUGGAAAUGCCUGCACCCCCAGCUCCUCGGACAGUCACAAAUGAGGAGAUGAAUUUUGUUAAGACCUGUCUUCAGAGGUGGCGGAGUGAAAUUGAACAGGAUAUACAAGACUUAAAGAAUUGUAUCUCGAGCACCACACAGGCUAUUGAGCAGAUGUACUGUGAUCCUCUUCUUCGUCAGGUGCCUUAUCGCUUACAUGCAGUUCUUGUUCAUGAAGGACAAGCCAGUGCAGGACACUACUGGGCAUACAUCUAUAACCAGCCCCGGCAGAUCUGGCUCAAAUACAACGACAUCUCUGUUACUGAGUCUUCCUGGGAGGAACUUGAAAGAGAUUCUUACGGGGGCCUGAGAAAUGUCAGCGCGUACUGCUUGAUGUAUAUCAAUGACAAGUUGCCCCACUUCAGUGCAGAGGCAGCUCCUAAUGAAUCUGAUCAGACUGCAGGAGAAGUGGAAGCCCUGUCUGUGGAACUCAGGCAGUACAUUCAGGAAGAUAACUGGAGGUUUGAACAAGAGGUGGAGGAAUGGGAGGAAGAACAGUCCUGUAAGAUCCCGCAGAUGGAGUCCUCCCCGAACUCUUCCUCACAGGAUUUCUCCACAUCACAAGAGUCCUCAGCAACAUCCUCUCAUGGGGUUCGAUGCUUGUCUUCUGAGCAUGCUGUGAUUGCAAAGGAGCAGACUGCCCAGGCAAUUGCAAACACGGCUCAGGCGUAUGAGAAGAGCGGAGUAGAAGCAGCCUUGAGCGAGCUUAAGGAAGCUGAAUCCGAGAAGCCCCAGGAAACAAACCUUGCAGAGCAGUCAGAGCAGGCCGCAGAGGCCAGAGACCCAGAGGCUGCUGCCCCGCCUGACUCUGAGGUCUCUGAAGUGGAGAUUCCCAGUGUGGGAAGGAUUCUGGUUAGAUCUGAUGCGGAUGGCUAUGAUGAGGAGGUGAUGCUGAGCCCUGCCAUGCAAGGGGUCAUCCUGGCCAUAGCUAAAGCACGCCAGACCUUUGACCGAGAUGGCUCUGAAGCAGGGCUUAUUAAGGCAUUUCAUGAAGAAUACUCCCGGCUCUACCAGCUUGCCAAAGAGGCGCCCACUUCUCACAGCGACCCUCGCCUUCAACAUGUCCUUGUCUACUUUUUCCAAAAUGAAGCACCCAAGAGGGUGGUAGAACGGACCCUUCUGGAACAGUUUGCGGACAGGAACCUUAGCUAUGAUGAGAGAUCUAUCAGUAUCAUGAAGGUGGCUCAGGCCAAGCUGAUGGAAAUUGGUCCAGAUGACAUGAACAUGGAAGAGUAUAAGAGGUGGCAUGAAGAUUAUAGUCUGUUCCGAAAGGUGUCUGUGUACCUUCUAACGGGCCUGGAACUCUUCCAAAAAGGAAAGUACCAGGAAGCAUUGUCCUACCUGGUGUAUGCAUACCAGAGCAACGCUGGCCUGCUGGUGAAGGGGCCCCGCAGGGGCGUGAAGGAGUCUGUGAUUGCUUUGUACCGCAGAAAAUGUCUUCUGGAGCUGAAUGCCAAGGCUGCUUCUCUUUUUGAAACAAACGACGACCAUUCUGUAACAGAAGGCAUUAAUGUAAUGAAUGAGUUGAUCAUUCCCUGCAUCCACCUGAUCAUUAAUAACGACAUCUCCAAGGACGACCUUGAUGCCAUUGAGGUCAUGAGGAACCAUUGGUGCUCUUACCUGGGGAAGGAUAUUGCAGAAAAUCUGCAGCUGUGCUUAGGGGAGUUCCUACCCAGGCUUCUAGAUCCUUCUGCAGAAAUCAUCGUCCUAAAGGAGCCUCCGACUAUCAGACCGAAUUCCCCCUAUGAUCUUUGCAGCCGCUUUGCAGCCGUCAUGGAAUCUAUUCAAGGAGUUUCAACAGUAACAGUGAAAUGA